AUGAAGAUAUUUUUUAAGCUUGAUGAGUUCCAUCUAUUCGUACACCUUAAACAGUUUUAUUAUAAUUACCUAAUUACGUAAUAAAUCGAAUUUAUUUGGUUUAUAUAGCUGCUAUACUCAAAGAAUCGAGUUUAAAAGUAUAGUUUUUUGUUAAUAUUAUUUGUUAGUGCAAAACCAGAUAUUGAGAAUACUUUGAUAUUAAAAAGACUAAAUAUCUCAUAAAACAAACUUUAAAAUAGAAAAAUGGUAUUUUUGAUAAGUUAAAGUUGA